AUAGUAACAUGCGUAUGUAUUGGGAGCCAUUUUGAGUCCAAAACAGAACCGCGUCGCAUAUCGCUUGAAGCCUUUCAUCAAUUUUUACUCCGUCUUCGGCACUACAAUUUCAAAAACAAAAUACAAAUAUAAUUCCUUUGGGCCGCCAAGGCUCUAAUAGAUAAUUUAUUUUAAGUUUAAACCAAAAAAAUCCAACCAAAAUGUCCAAAGUUAUGAACGACGUGAAAAAUGACCUCAACAGAGUUGGUCUAUUCAGCGAGCUUGGUUACAUCUCAAUUGGAGAUCCGUACAAGAUUCAGAAUGGAAAUUUCAACCUAGCUGCUCACAAAGGGAAACAGAUGUUGCCUGGGGGAAGCAAAAUCAGGUCGUCCAAACAAGAUGGCUACUUUGACCAGAAAUUCAACAGAGUCAUGGAAGGAGAGGCAUUUUCAGACCCUGUCAAAAGGAGAAGACUUGACAGACUAAAGGCGACAAAACUGAAUAUAGGAAAAGCUUUUGUCCCUAGCAAUGGCGAUAAACUACCGUCUGGUAUUGGCAACCAUUACGGCACAUUUGCUGGUGCAGUACCAGCCUUCAGCCCUGUCACAAAGAGUAAGAGUGCCCAUGUUUCACCUGGUAAGAACUUCCUCACUAAUCCACCCAAGAAGGGCACCGGCUACGGAUACCUUCAAGUCACCAUUGGCGCUUCACCCAAGUACAUGUCUGAUGCAUACGACAGAGGCAAAGAGUUGAGAAAGAAAGAAAUGGAUACUAGUGGCAAACAGAUGAAGGGAGGAGCAUUCAAACUCAACCUUCACCCCAAGUCAUAUUUUGAUGGGAACCCCUACAAGUCUGACAGACCACUUCCACCUGUUAAAGAUGGUAGAAAAGCCAAACCUGACUUUAAACCUUUUAAACCGAGCCAUCCACCAAAAGAGAUUGGUGGCAUGAAGGCAGGUUGCUUUACAUCAUAUCCCAGUCAUUCUGAAGACCCCUUCCAGCCAAAGAAAAAAAAGAAUGGUGAUGGUGAGCGUAAGAUCUUCCGACCAUCGCAAGGGCCUAAAUCUACACCCAUGAAGUCCAUUAUUAACCAAAAUGUAGACAGACGGAUCAACAGAUUAAACUUCAAGCAGCCUAUCACCACAAGUCUCUGAUGGACACAAAUCACCAAGAAAUGCACAACCAAACGUUUACACAAGAAACUUGUACAUUAAAACAAAUAGGUUUCAUCCAUGGUUCAAAGACUGUUUUUUACUCUGUAAGUCACUUCAUGUAAGUCAAAUCUGUAUGUGUAUUUAUUGUAAGAAUUUUUUUUAAUAUUCUAGUUAGUACACAUUCCCUGCAAAUGCAAGUUACUCUUCCAAAAAUUGAAAAGAAUAUUAGAAAUGACAUUCUCUUCCUUCUUAUUAUAGACAACAGGCAGAAGUAUUAUUUUGAUACAGUGUAUAGCCAGAUGCAUGAUUAAUUAUUAAUCCACAUAGUAUAAUUCAUGCUCUUUUUUAGAAUAUCUAUUUACAGUGUUGGAAUUUCAUAGAGAGCUUUCUAUAUUUUGCAAAACAUUAUUUUCAAUUUAUCUAGCAUUGUAUAAAAAGUCAAUGGAGUGAAUGCUAAGGUUUUAAAAAUAAAUAAAUAAAAAUUGUUUUAAAACUGUA